GCAAACCUCGUUCAUGAACAAUCAAGCUGAAUGCUCAACUUCGAGCUUUACAAUCACACUCUCAAGUGAGGAGAAUAGUACUGAUUCAGACAUUGUCGAUAAAACAUUGACAACAGAGAAAGGACCUGAGGCUGAGCAAAGCGCCGAGAUGGUUCGGAAAUCCAAAGUAAUCAUAGGACUAGAAUCUCUCCAAGCCAAAGAGGCUGCAUCCGCCCAAAGCGAUGUCUUAGAAGAUAUUAAAGAUGAAGAUACAUCUACCAAUGCCAAAAAGGGUCAAGCCAAAACGAAAUCAACUCGAAAAAGACAAUCUCCUGCCACAUCCGAGACUUCCACUAGACCAAAGCGUAACAAAAAACUUGAGGGUAUGCAAAAAACAAGAUCAAUGUAUCAAGAUACAGCUAAUAAUGUCAACGAUAAUGAAAGCUCUCAAGAAAGUGAGGUCGUUGAAAGUUCCCAAGAAAAUCAGGCUGCUGGAACGACAAAGGGCACAAAGAACACAAAGAAUAUCAAAAAAGUACGAGCGAGUGAUCCCUCCCCUAAACCUCGCCAAGCAACCAAGAGACACAAGAAAAACAAUUCAGAGAGUGCUGUCACGUCAGAAUCUUCUGCUGCUGUCUCUUCUUCAUCAUCAGCGCCAUUGAAAUUCUUUGUUCCCAUCAGUCCGAGUAAUGGCAAAUCAAAAAAAGCAGCAAGCGAUUAUGAAAAGAUUAAAAAGAAUCUUCCGUCCAAGGUGCGCACGGGUAUGGAACAACUUUUGAAGUCUGCUGAUGCUCAGAGAUUCAACAUCGAAGGAAUUGAAUACGAAGGCGUGGAUGUAGAAAUCCGAAUGGAAGAAGAAGGAGAUGAAGACGGGAUUGAUCGAACGGGGGAAGAAGAAGUUGAAGAAGGUGAAAUUACACAAUCGGCUAGUGUUACAAAGACUACUUUGUCGAAUGAAACAGUACAGAAUGAGAAUGUCGCGGUGCCGGAAAGACAAAGACCACGUACUUCCCCAUCAACAUCAUCUGAUGCAACACGUGUUGCAGCCAGUUCUCCGGAACAACUUGCUGAGCCAACAGUCUCUCAAGUUCCAAAAGCCAUACGAAACCUCCUGGGCGGUCUUGCGAAAGACUUGGCAAAAGAUGCUAAUGCGGCUAGCACUGUAGAGCAGACCGGGAUUCCAACAGCUUCUCAAGUCCCAACAGCCAUACAAAGAUUCAUGAGUGAGCGUUUGGAAAAUUUUGCAAAAGAUCAUUUCGACGCAGCGGUGGUAGAAGUUUUCAAAAAACCAGAAAUGCAACGAAUCCUCUAUGAUCUGAUGGAGAAAGUGCUCAUGAAUCUUCUCCUCAAGAAUGAAGGUGCAUUGCUGGAAACAGCUCUGCACAGAUACAUUACCAACUUGGACUCGUUUGGUGAUCCAAGUGGCGAGCGUGAGAAGGAAUAG